AUGUAUAAAUUUUAUAGACACUGUAACACCUAUGUGUUAAUAGUGUUAAUUCUUAUCGCAUUACAAAAUAAUUUAUACAAUUGUCUAUACACUAUUAACUUGCAGAAUCCUGCUUUAAAUCGCAAAAUUAACUACUACCACGGUCCUUACCACCACAAAAUCUGUUAUUUGUUGCGCUUCAAGCCCACGUCCACUGGUAAGUUUAGGAUCAAACCUAAAACCAACAAAUCCAUUGCUAAGCGGUUUAAAAUCACAGGUUCUGGCAAGUUGAUGCACAAGAGGUCGGGUAUACAGCACUUGCGCUCUAAGCUAAAGAGUCGGCAAAGGAGGAGGCUAAGACGGCCUGUGGUUAUCACUUCAAAUAAACUCAGGAAGAAGUAUAUUCAAGCGAUCAACACUUGA